AGACUCAUAAAAUGCCAGCACCUGCAUACGGUUGCUUCUCCAUAGACCCAAGUACUAUAUCUGGGGCUGGGAGACGUAUCGCUACAGCCGACUGUGAACCAUCGAUACGAUCGGGGAGGAAUCUAGCCUAGCAAUGGACAUAGCUCAAUGAGAACCACGACGACAGAACAAAUGAAGCUGUUCAACAUACAGGGUCCCAAAACGGUGGCGCAUAUCCCAGUCAUGCAAGCCAAUCAUCGCUUUAUAUCCAGCUACUAUCGUGGAAGAUACCUAGGUAGAUCUAGCCCUCUGCAGGUUAGCGGCGCGUCCUCCUUCAGCCCCGCCCAGGCUUCAAUGCAAUGUCCCUCUCGAAGCGCCCUCCAGGGGCAUCCGUCACACCUAAGCAGCGCCUGGUACUUGAAGUUCAUCUCUGACUGGCUAAAACUUAUGAAUCUUUCGUUCAGCACACCGAGUUCUGUUCCACAUUUUCCCUCAAGACUGUCAAGACCCAUCACCUCCUCAGCUGCAAGGGUCAGCAUAAAUCGGGAGGAGCCAAUGCAAUGUUACCUGGUCCUUACACGCCUCUUCAAACACAUAUUCAGCAUCCUUACUAACCACAAAGUGAAUUCACGCAGAAAAAGGUGAAGAGCGAGUGCCUUACCACACGUAACACUUUUGUAUCGUAUAA